GUAACAAAAAUGCCGCCGCCAGCUCCGUUCGAGGGGCAAAAGAACAAAGGGCACAAUGUCCACAAAACUGGAGGAAAAGCAAAAAAGCGAAAUGAGAAGGAGCCGAGAGUCAAGGGAAACAAUCUGAAAGCUUUCACUUUCCACUCCGCCGUAUCCGCUGGAAAAGCGAUUCGACGAGCUGCAGAUCUCAAUGAAAAGAAGAAACAUGUUCUGAUGAUGGACAGAAAACCCAUCGAAACACCACCAAUCAUUGUAGCAAUCGUUGGACCGAGUAAAGUCGGAAAAACGACACUUCUCCGGGGUCUUGUCAAGUAUUACCUCCGUGAUGGAUUCGGAGAGAUCAAUGGUCCAGUGACAAUUGUAACUGGAAAGAAACGUCGUGUACAGUUCAUUGAGGUCAAAAACGAUAUUAAUCAUAUGAUUGAUAUCGCGAAAGUCGCAGAUUUGGUGCUUCUAAUGGUCGAUGCAUCGUAUGGAUUUGAAAUGGAAACCUUUGAAUUUCUAAAUAUUUGCCAAGUGCACGGAAUGCCACGUAUUAUGGGAGUAUUGAAUCAUUUGGAUCUUCUCGAUGGAAUCUCACGUGUCAAUAAGACCAAGAAAAUUCUGAAACAUCGUUUCUGGACGGAGCUCUACCAGGGCGCGAAGCUUUUCUACAUGACUGGAAUGAUGCAUGGACAGUAUAAAUAUAAUGAGAUCCAUAACCUCUGCAGAUUCAUUUCUGUCAUGAAAUUCCGUCCGAUGGUGUGGAAAGAUGCUCAUCCAUACGUUCUUUGUGAUCGUUUCGAAGACAUUACCAACGUCGAAACUCUUCGAACGGAUCCACUCAUCGAUCGACACAUUGCCAUGUAUGGAUGGGUUCAUGGUGCUCAUUUGAAGAAUCAUUCGUCGAUUCAUGUGCCAGGUGUUGGUGAUAUGAGGAUCAGUAAUGUCACGAGUCUACCCGAUCCGUGUCCGCUGCCUGAUGAGAUUAAGAAACGAGCGUUGAAUGAGAAAGAGCGGAAAGUGUAUGCUCCGUUUUCUGGAUUAGGAGGUGUCAUUUAUGAUAAGGAUGCGAUUUAUAUUGAGUCAAAGAAUGCUCACAAUUUUAAUAGAAAACGCGACGGACUCGUUGAAGCUCUCGAAGGCGUCAAGUCAGGAAUCGAUGAUAAAUUGAAGAAAUCCUCUCUGCAACUUCUCGGUGAUUCAGUAGCACUUGAUAUUGAUCAGGAAAGUGAUUGGCCAGAGCCUGGAGAAGAAGAUGAAGAAGAUCUGGAUGAGGAGGAUUUUCAGGAUGAAGAAGAAGAUGAAGAUGAGGAUGAGGAUGAGGAAGAUGUUGGUGUCGUGAAAAAGGAAGAAGAUCAGAAUGAAUGGUCAAAUUUGGCAUCGAAAGCUGUCGCUCAAUAUCGAGAAUCUCAAAAUGUGAAAGUUAACUGGAUGAAGCUGGUGUAUGGUGGAGAGAAAGUGACAAAAGAUGAAAAAGAAGAGACUAUUGAUGAUCUUUUUGUUGUUCGGAAACAGAAUCAGAAGAGUGAAGAUGAUCAGGAAGAUGGAUUUGGUUAUGCGAUGCUUCCAGCCAGUUGCUCGACGAGCACAAAUGACUGGGAUCUUGAAGAAGUCCGAAAAUCCAUUGCUGACUCGUUUGUGACUGGAAAUUGGACAGAAGAUGAUGCAGAGGAGGAUCAGUUGAAGAAGGAGAUUGGAAGUGAUAAUGAGGAUAAUGAUGAUGGGGAGGAUAUGGAUGAUGAGGAAGAAGAUGGAGAUGAUGAUGAAACCGGUGGGAAUGAAAAGAAAGAAGAAUCUGAAGCGGAUAAAUCACGGAAACAGAAACGACUUGAAGCGAAGAUUAAGCUGAAACAACGAUUCAAUGAUGAUUAUGAUGAGACUUGCAAGUUCUAUAACAAAGCAAAAAAUGAGAUGACAGAGCAAGCAGACUUGAAUCGUCAAGUUUUCGAAGGAAUGGACGAAGAAGAACGGGAAAAAGUGGAGGGAUUCCGUUCUGGAAGAUAUGUUCGAAUUGAGAUUUCAAGUGUUCCAUGUGAAUUUGUUGAUCAUUUUGAUACCUCGGCGCCAUAUAUUAUUGGAGGACUUCUUCCCGGUGAACAGAAUAUGGGUGUUGUACAGGCGAGAGUGAAGAGGCAUCGAUGGUUUGAGAGAACUCUCAAGUCAAGGGAUCCAUUGAUUAUUAGUUGUGGAUGGAGACGAUUUCAGACAAUCGCCAUCUAUUCUGUUCAAGACCACAACAUGCGGCUCCGUUUCCUCAAAUACACACCAGAACACAUGCAUUGCCACGCGUCAUUCUUCGGCCCCGUUUGUGCUCAGAACACUGGUCUCCUCGCGAUUCAAUCGAUCGCCGACAAGACUCCAGGCUAUCGAAUUGUUGCGACAGGAGGUGUAUUGGAUUUGGACAAGUCGACACAAGUCGUGAAGAAGCUGAAAUUGAUCGGACAUCCGGAGAAGAUCUUCAAGAAGACUGCAUUUGUGAAGGGAAUGUUCAACUCAGCACUGGAGGUUGCAAAGUUCGAAGGAGCAACAAUUCGGACUGUUGCCGGAAUUCGUGGACAAAUCAAGAAGGCCAUUAAGGCUCCGGAAGGUGCAUUCCGAGCAACAUUUGAGGAUAAGAUUCUGAUGAGAGAUAUUGUAUUCCUACGUUCUUGGGUUACUGUACCAAUUCCACGCUUCUAUACUCCAAUCUCUGAUCAUCUCCAAGCAUCCGCUGCAGCAUGGAUCGGAAUGAGAACUGUUGGAAAAAUGCGUUCCGAGUUGGGAAUGGGAACUCCGCAGAAUAAGGAUUCCGACUAUAAGCCCAUCGUUCGGAAAGAGUUCGAAUCGGCGCCGAUUCACCUGCCACCGAAGCUUCAGAAGAGUUUGCCAUUUAAGAUGAAGCCGACGUAUCAGGCAAGAGAGGAGAAGGAGAAGGAUUCACUUGUUGCACGGCAUACGGCAGUGGUGUUGGAACCGGAAGAGGCGAAACGAGAGAGAUUUAUGGAUAUGUUGAGAACGUUGAAUGAUGUUGAUUUGAAGAAGCAGGAGAAUAUUAAGGAAGGAUAUAAGAAGAGAAAGGCUGAAGAGAUGGCCGAAAGUGAGGCAAAACGCGAAAAGAGCAUUAAAUCUCGAAAGAAGGACAUCAGCAGAGUCUUAUCGAAGAAGGAACAAGCAAAACUUCGAAAGGCUCUUGGCUCAUCGGCGAGCAGCUCCUGAAGCUCUGGAAUCUGGAAUUUAUCUGCUAAAUUGUUAAUUUUUAUUUUUGAAAAUUUUUUGUUUCUUUGUUUUUUGGUUUUUGUUGUUUUACUGUUUUACUCCAUCAUCAUCGUUUUUUGUUAAUUGUUCCUUCUUAAUUUUUCUCUAAAAAUUAAAAAUUAAGUUUUUUCUCU